AACAAAACAAGAGCAGCCGCCAAAAUCUUCUUCUGUGGUUCUGCACUGCAAUGAUUCAUUUUAUUUCCACUGACUAUACUGUCUGUUUGGGUACAUACAAAUUAAUGCCUCAUUUGGGAGCACUUGCCUCCUGUCAGCUGAGAGAGAGAGAGAGAGAGAGAGAGAGAGAGAGAGAGAGAGAGAGAGAGAGAGAGAGAAGAAUAUGUUCACAAGUGAAUUAGGACCCGAAAUAUAAGGAAUGUGCAGGAACAAUAAAUGUCUGUAGAUGCUAAUAGCUCCUCUGGAGCAUGUUUGGCUUAGGAAGCCUCUGUGAAAUCAGGACUAGAGUUUCCCAAACUUAACAUGUUGGUGUUCCCAUGGAGCAAAAUCUCCUCCUUACUUCCAGCUGCUCAGUUGCGAUGCAGCUAAAAAUAUACCAUAGCCUCCCAUAGUGUUCUCUUUCUUAAGCCAGUGACUGAUGGAGAUGUUCCAGGGGAAUGCAAUCAGUAAGUGGGAAACAGAACUGUGGAAAGUAUUGUAUUAUUGUGAUGUACCUUGAUAAGAGGGAGGCUGGUGCGGGAAGGGAUCCCAGGCUCUUAAAAUGUUUUUUAAGUGUGCCGCUAUGAUUUUGCAUUAUUAUUGUUAAUAUUAUUGUGUUUUUGCUUGUAUCGGUGAAGAAGGUGGGAGGAAGGAGACAGUGCUGGGGAAAUACACAGAGCAUCUUGAGAAGCAUAUUGGGAAAGAUGCAGUGUCCCCCCUCUGGAAAUCUGAUGUGGGGUGGAGGAUCUGCUGAUAGAAGUGCCCUGCUGCUGUCUUCCACCUCUGCUCACCUUUGAGUAAAUCAAAUAGUGCAAGCAUGCCAUAAAAGUCUCUAGUGAAAUCAGGACCUGUUGCCCCUGGAAUGUCUUACCAUUCAGAAGUCAGGAGCACAUAGCAACUGCAGCCAGAGAAGAGUUCCUCCAUUAUUGAGCUGAUACUUGGUAUGCUGCUUCAACCGUGACUGAGGUGCCGGAGAAAUAUAAUUUUCGGGGAAUUUGGAUCUUAUAGCAGCUCUGAAUAUAUUAGGGCCUGGGGAGAUACGUUGCUCCAGAAAGGAUCUGCAAUGGAUAAUAAAAGCAAGGGUUGCUUCUUACUGAUUAUUCUACUAAAUAGAAUGGUUCCAAGUCUCUCUUCUACUGUAAGUUAUACUGAUCCCACAUUAGAGCCUAUAGCAACUGAACAUUCAGCAAUACGCCAGAAGAUAGUAGAUUCCCAAUUUAAAUGCUAUGAGAGGAUGAACAGACAGCCUCCUUACAAGAAAAAAGGACUAUUCUGUAACCGGACAUGGGAUGGAUGGCUUUGUUGGGAUGACACGCCUGCUGGAGAAUUUGCGGAUCAAAAUUGCCCUGAUUAUUUCCCAGACUUUGAUCCAACUGAAACAGCAACAAAAUACUGUGACAAGACUGGAACCUGGUUUCGGCAUCCUGAAAGUAAUCGAACCUGGUCCAACUACACACGGUGCAAUUCCUUCACAAAUGAAAAACGUAAGAUGGUAUUCAUCCUUUACUAUAUGACUAUAGUAGGACAUGCUUUGUCUAUAACCUCCCUGUUGAUUUCCUUGGGAAUCUUCUUCUAUUUCAAGAGCCUCAGCUGUCAAAGGAUAACACUGCACAAGAAUUUGUUUCUUUCUUACGUUCUUAAUUCUGUGUUUACACUCGCCCACCUCAUUGCAGUAGUGUCUGAUCGAGACCUGGUAAAAAAGGAUCCAGUAAGCUGCAAAGUGCUUCAGUUUUUUCACCAAUACAUGAUGGGCUGUAACUACUUCUGGAUGCUUUGUGAAGGCAUUUAUCUUCAUACUCUCAUUGUGGUGGCAGUAUUUGCUGAAGAGCAGCGUCUGCACUGGUAUUACCUCUUGGGCUGGGGGUUUCCUUUAGUGCCGGCAUCAAUUCAUGCUGUGGCAAGAACCAAAUACUUCAACGAUAACUGCUGGAUUAGUGUUGACACUCACCUGUUGUAUGUUGUUCAUGGGCCUGUGAUGGCAGCUUUAUUGGUCAAUUUUUUCUUUUUGCUUAACAUUGUGCGAGUUCUAGUAACCAAGCUAAGAGACACUCAUCGCGCCGAGUCCAACAUGUACAUGAAAGCUGUCAGAGCCACUUUGAUCCUUGUGCCCUUAUUAGGAAUUCAGUUUGUCAUUAUUCCAUGGAGGCCAGAAAACAAGCUUGCGGGCGAAGUAUAUGAUUACAUCAUGCAUAUAUUAAUGCAUUACCAGGGUUUACUUGUGGCAACUAUUUUCUGUUUCUUCAAUGGAGAGGUCCAAGGAGCUUUGAAGAGGCAAUGGAUGCAGUAUAAGACCCAGUGGGGUCAAAGACGGCGAGAACAUUGUUCUACGCGAUCUACCUCCUACACAGCCACCUCCAUCACGGAGGUUCCAAUUUAUCUAUACCACCAUGACUCCAACAGUGAACAGUUUAAUGGAAAGUAUAUAGAAGACUCUGAACUUGUUGCAUUAAAAUCUGGAGAGACGUCUGCUUAGCUUACAAAUGAAGGACUUUGUAUUUAUACAAGGAGUAGAAGACUUCAAGGCGACUGCAAAAGUGUGCUCAGUCAGGUGCAUAUACAAGCAACAGAUGGCAACAGCUCGAGUCUGAAAGAAACAGAUGUGGCAGAUGGCUCCAGUAUUCUUAAAGGCCAUUAGGUCCAAAGCUAGAGCUAGCCAGUAUGAAGCAUGGAAUUUCCCUAGUUUCAGAACUUGACCAUAUGAAAUGAGGGAUGCUCUAAUAAAAAUAACAACCAUCCAUUUGAUGUCCCAUGGCAACCUGGGAGAUGCCAUUGUUUCUAUACAUGGAUCUUUGUUCUCCAAGCUGAGCUAAAAGCAAAUAGGAGAUGGUUAACAGCUAUUAGAUACUUUCUUUUUACACUCAACCUUGGAACCAUAAACACGAACUAUUUCUCAGCAUCCUGGAAAGAUUUUGUUCUUUGAAUUUAAGUCAAAAAAUCUUAAAGAUUUUUUUGCAUUUAGAGCAAAACAGUAGGAACCAUUCCAUUAUAUUUAAAUCCUUACUGUCUCAAGAGGAUUUCAUGCAGUAUUAUUCUGACAUCAAGCACAGUCAUAAAUGAAGGUAAAUUAUUUAUUGUGCCACAAGCAUUCAAAAGGACUAGAUUGUCAAAGAAACAGACGGUUCUGUCAGAGUGUAAUGAGCGGACCCAAAAGACUUUGUUCAGCAUUCCAUAUACUGGUUGCUUGAUAUUAAUCAUUUAUUGGGAAAUUGUCAGCCAUAUUUUUCAGUCCAGCAGAUAUAGGGAACAAUUUUUCUCUACAAAUAAA